GGUGGGAGCAGAGUGAAUGCCUAAGAGCUUGGGCUGACAAGAGGCAGCCUAUGUUGAGUCCUGUUGAACAACAGGCCUGGGGAAUCUGCCUCUUCUACCUGGGUGGAGAGAGCUGCAGUCUGGAGUUAGGCCUCAGGCUCUGCCUUUGGUCGAGCUGUGUGAUGGUGAUGUAACCUCUCUGAGCCUCAGGUUUUUGUGUCAGGUGGUGUUGAGGUAGGUACUCAACAGAGGCCUGUGGCUCCCUGCCCCCACCAAUCCGAGGACGAUGAAGGCUGCUGUAGGUGGGGAAGAGGCUGCUGGCUCAGGACAUUUUGGAGGCCCCCAGGAACCUGCUGCAGUGCUCCCAUGUGGCCCUGCUGGUGUGUAGAAGAGCCUGGAAGUCCUGCUGGUCUAAAUUGGCAGUUAAUCAACUGGUCCUGCCUGCUCAGAAGGGUUUUGAGGCCAGAGGAAGGUUCAGCAAGUGCUCUGAUUGACUAGUAAUGCCUGCCAGGGACAAAGCAUGGCCAUGUGGUAAGUCUUCCACACUCAGGCUGGCCCCAGUGGGCUGGUGUGUGGCUGGGAAAGGCACCUCUCAAGUGAGUAGCCCCAGGGAAUCCACCUGGGGAGGUUGGCCAAAGGCCUGAAGUCACUGCUGGGUGGGGAGCUAGGAGAGGGAAAAAUUACAUCUGUCUAGUCCCCCUCUGAGGUCCCAGUUCACUGUCCUGCACACUCCCAUGCCCAGGGCAGGUGCUCAGAAAAUGAGCCCGAAUGGGAGGGGAGUCUCUUCACUCUUCCCCUCCGCCUUCUCCAGGUGGCCUUGGGGAAUUCCCAGAUCUUCUAGGCCGUGGCUUCCAUCCUGCCAGGUCUUGUUCUCUGAUUUUCCUGGGUGUGGCCCUCUCUCCCACCUGCUCCCCGGGGCCCUGACCUCCUACCCGCUCUGCCCCAACACCUGGGCAUGGCAGGGCAGGGGGAGGAUGGAUAGGCUGGCUCCCAGCAGUAGAGCUGUCCCAGGCAACAGCCUCCCUGUGCCACACUGCCAUCACCCAGGGCCUGGCAGCGCCCCCGCCGGGAGGCAGGCAGGGAUGGACUUCUGUUCCAUCCAGAACUAGUCACCAUGGAGAUCCCAGGAACAACCAAUAGGGAAGAGUGAGCCCAGGUGACCGGAGGACUGUGGGAGAACAUGGAUUCCACCAGCCUGUAACAACCCCUCUGGGGUAUCUGUCUGUGGGCACCCCGCCAACAAGAGUGGCAGGUGCCCAGACGUACUGGGUCUGUUUGUGUGUGCAUAUCACAGUGAGUGUGUGUGCACAUGUGUACUGUACAUUUCUGCACUUGUGCAUAGGUCUGUAUUUGUGUAUUUCUACACACACACGUAUGUGCCUGUGAGCAUAUAUGCAUGUGCAGGUAGAUCUGUGUGUGUUUGGGCCUGUAUUGUGUGUCCUUAUGUGUGUGUGUGUGUGUGUGUGCAUGCACACACAUGGAUGUGUACAGCCAGGAGUUCUGUCCAGGGCAGGAGAGUUGCCAGGCCUUUCACAGUCCACUCCUGGCCUGGCUUAGACGCUACUUGUUCUGAUCGCAACCUAGCCAGCCACCUCACCAAGGGAUGCGGGAGAAGCUGUCCCAAGGUUCAGAGGCAAGCAGGGUGACCCCUAGUCUGGGUCUCAGGCAGGGCUCUGAUGGCACAUCUCCCCCAGCCUGGCGCAGCUGCCCUGGGCAGAGACUGGCUCUGUCACCAGCAGCAGGCAUCAUGGACUGGAGUGCCCACCCCCUGCCCACCCCCUGCCCCACCCCUGCUCAGCUCUCAUAGUGGGAAAUAGACCUUGAUUGGAAAGGUGCCCUCCUGGAAGCAAGCAGGAGCUCACCCCAAAUUUGUGGUAGCCUCCUUAGGAUAGGAGGGCAAGAAACUGACCCUCCUCCCCUCCUGCCCCUCCAGCAUAUGCCAUUCAAAACGUGGUGGCCCAUCUCUAAGAAAUCCAGGGGCACUGGUGGGAAAAGGAAAGUCUGCUUCCAAGAUGCUUAAAUUAUUCUUGGUGACACAGCUCCUGGGUCACCAUGCCAUGUGGACAUGUGUGUUUAGGGGGGCAGGGUACACACCAGUUCAUAUCUGUUCAGUUCACAUCAAACAUCCCACCAUCACAGCUAAGCCUUGCCAGGCUGGGAAUGCCCCUUUGCUGUGUGGUUCUGGGGAUGGAUACCUGCAGACAGGGGAGGUAGCUCCAAACAUGCCUCAUGGGUUCAGGCCUGGCGACUGGGGGACAAGGGAUGAGGCAGAGACAGCAGGAGGAGGAAUGGCCUUGAGGAGGGGCAGACAUGCUAUUAGACAUCCAAAGAGAGAAAGUCUCGUGGGGGUGUAACCAUGACUGUGAUAGAGUCCAGAGCAAAGAUGGGGGGCAGGGGUCCUGGGAUCACAGAGCAGAGGGGCUGAUCUAGCCUGGAGGAUCAGAGGAAGCCUCCCUGAGAGUGACACCUGAGCUGGGAUAUUCUAGAAGGCAGGCAAAGGAUGAGGGCAAAAAACGUCCAGGCUGAGGGAAGAGCACGUGCAAAGGCCUGGAGGGAUGUGGGAGAGGGGUACAGCCCACAGAGGAGUUCAAAUACACCCCACCCGCAGCUCCCCUCCUGAGACCCGCUCACCCUCAGGGAUCCACACCUGUUCUGGGGCCCCCACCCUGCUCCUCAGGGAGACCCUAGUGAGUGGGGCACCUCUCCCAGGGGCUGCAGGUGAGGGAGGGUCUGAACCUUGAAGGGCAGGAAAGGCCACAUUCCUGAAGAAGAGGAAUGUCUUUGAUCCCAAGGUCUCACCCAAGGUACCAGGUCCCCUCUACCAGUAUCCUUGAGGGAGGCUCUCACAGUUGCAGAGCAAGGCCCUGGGCAGGGCAGCUCAGGCCUCUUGCUGUCUGACCAUAGGCAAGUGCCUGUUAUGCUCUGAGCAUGUAUGUCAGAGGGUUCUGGCCACCGCCCCCUCCCCCAACACUCAAGGGCAGCCCUGCUGGGCUCCACUUUCUGCAUUGUGUCUAGCUGUUCAAGAAUGGAGGCAGGGCUUCCACUCAGGAACCAAGGCUUUGGGGCGCUCCUCCAGGCAGGGUGAUGGGGGCCCAGGACCAUUCCAGCAUCUCACAUCGCCAGGUUCUCUUCUACCCCUUUGCUUCCACUGUCACCCUCCUCCCCAGAUGCUCUCCCUUCUCCUGUACUCAGUCAAACCCUGCCUCUUUUUAUAUCCCUGCAGGAGGAUGCCCCUCACCCCCCCGGGAGUCUUCCCAAUUCCACACGUCCUCACAGGUCUCUCCUCUAGGGUGGCUGUCCCCCCUAGAGGAGUCCGGAGGGGGAGGGAGACUAGGCAGCCAUCAUUAGCUAAUGUGAGGGGUAGCGGGCCGCUUUCCCUCUUCCAGGAGAGGCUUCCUCGUGCACAGGGGAUGGACCCUGUGGGGGCACAGUGGAGGGUCCCCUCUCAGUUGUGCCCCCAUUAGUGAGAACAGUGGCCAUUUCCUCAUGAGGCACUGCUGUAGUCAAAGCUCCAACAGGCCCCCCCCAACAGGACUGCCGAGGAGUGACUCACUGGCCAGCAGAUCUCCUCCCAUGUGGGUCUGCUCAGGCCUCUCUUUUGAGAGCUGUCUCCAUCCCAGACAACCAGCACCUGGACUGCUGGUCAAGGUAUCUGGCUUCAGAGAAGCACCCUCCCAGCCUGACAGACUUGUGAUGGGCUGGUUGGGCACUGUCCAGACCAGCAAGCUCCCACGUGGGGAAAACUGAGGCCCAGAGAGGUGAGAACCAGAUACAACACGUCAGCAGGUGGCAGGGCAGAAUCCGCAUCUGGGCCCCUAAAGCCCUGAGACUUCCAUGCAUCCUAGGUCCCCAGGGAAGUAGGCUCUGCCCAGCAACCCUAAGACAAGCCUGCGCAGGAGGCCAGAGGCCCGAUUCUCCUGUCAUCUCUCUGGACAUCUAUUCUCGGUGAUAAGGCCACCUGUGACUGCAGUGCUGUCCUCUUGCUGGGAGUGUGACUGUGGGAGAGAUCCCUGCUUCUUUGCGACACAGCCCUGCAGCUGGGAUGAAACCCUUAGACUAUCCUUCGCAAUGGACAAAAGGGGAUGGGGGGAGGUGGGUAGAGGGGACUGCCCCAGGGCCGCCCCUCUUCGUGCCCUCUGGUCAGCGGAAAGCUCAAAUCCUGCGGGUUCCAGAAGCACUCCCUUCGGCAAAUCUCAAGCACCACCGCCCUUCAUCUCUGACUGUAACUCCCUCCAGCUGGGUGUAAAGGCAAGGUGGCGGGGAGCCGACCAGCCUCGAGCAGACUUGAGGGGGUAAAUCCCAAGGAGGUGGGAAGACUCCGCCUGGCAGGGAACUGACCAGACGGACCGCAGGAUCAUCCGCGAGCUCCCUCCCGGCGGAGACAACCCUGACUCCGUAGGGAAAGCGUGGCAGGCCCUGCGCAGGCGCGCCGCCCCAGGCGAGCCGCUUUGUUCCUGCGCUACCUUGCGGAUCCAUUCACCUCCUCCGCCUAGCCAGCCAGCGAGCCGAUACACAGCAAUCGCUGAGACCCCGCCCACUUCCCGCGCUGGGUGGAACUCUCGACGGGCCCCGCCUUCCUCCCCCGCCCCACCGUCUCCUUCCGCCGCGAUUGGCCAUCUGCGUGGCGCACUCCCGCCUACCACGAAAGUUGAUUGGUGCGUUGGGAAGGAGGUGGGAGGUGGAGAGCCGAUUAAAGGGGAGCCCCCUCCCUCCCUCGCACCCGCUUGGGUGGAAAAGUCACGUGGCGCUUCCCUCGGCGCCUGUAACUACCCCGCUUGUAAAGCUUUCUUAAAGGGCCCGCUCUCUCUUCCCAGGGCUGGUCCUUACAGGAUUCCUCCACCCCUGCUCGUGGAGUGUGGCACGGCCUUGGGCCGUCCUACUUCGCCAGUCGCCUAGGUGCUGAUUGCCCCUCAGGCCUGCUGGGGUUAGACUACCCUCAGAUCUCCAAGCCUGUAGCCCUCAUUGGGACUAUGCAGUCGCCUGAAACGGUGACCGCCUAAGCUCAGAGCAUGGCGCGUAGUAGGCGUUCACUUUCCAUUUGUUGAAUGAACUCGCUGAGAAUGAAUGAAUGGAGUUGACAGGAGGAGGGGACUUUGACUCAGCUUGAUCGUCCCUUCUCUCUGCCCCAUCCCCUGGGAAACUCUGCUUGCGGGAAUGUAGGGAGGGGCUGCCACACGCAGGAUGCCCCCAGGGCAACCCUUCAGAAUAGGGCACAGGAGCUGGGAGCGCAGGGAAAGGGGACCCGGGAGGGUCUUGGCCCGGCCCCCAGGCGAACCAUAGCUAGUUCAGGGCAAGGCCAGAUCGCGGCAGCGCUGAGGAGGGGUGAAGGCCGCGGCGCAGGUCUCCGGGCGCACGGGACAGCUCGCGCGCCCGCGUACACCGUGCGGAGGGGCGGCGAAGGCUCGGUGCCUUUAAGCUCGGGCGCCGGCCCCGCGGCCCCGCCCCCCGGAGGACGCCUCGGCGCGCGGCCGCCCGAGACGCCGUUUAAUUGGGGCUGUCAGGUCGCGGCGCGCGCGGAGGGCCGGGCGGGACGGAGGCCGGGAGGCCGGGGCGGCGGGCGUGCAGCUCGGCGGGAGGCGGGCGCCCGGAGACGCGGCUGGGGCCCGCGCGGCCGGGGCGCCGUCCCAGGGCAGGGCUGCCCGGCCCCGGCCCCGGGCCACCCGCGCUCCCGAUGAAAAACCAGCUCCGCGGCCCCCCAGCGCGGGCGCACAUGUCGGCCUCGGGGGUGUCGGCGGCUGGGGGCACCGGGGCAGGGUCGGAGCCCACUGCGGGGUCUGGUUCCGGCACCGGCACCGGGUCAGGCGCGGCGGCGGGCGCGGGGGCCAUGCCCUGCAAGAGCGCCGAGUGGCUGCAGGAGGAGCUGGAGGCGCGCGGCGGCGCGUCCCUGCUGCUGCUUGACUGCCGGCCGCACGAGCUCUUCGAGUCGUCGCACAUCGAGACGGCCAUCAACCUGGCCAUCCCGGGCCUCAUGCUGCGCCGCUUGCGCAAGGGCAACCUGCCCAUCCGCUCCAUCAUCCCCAACCACGCCGACAAGGAGCGUUUCGCUACGCGCUGCAAGGCGGCCACCGUGCUGCUCUACGACGAGGCCACGGCCGAGUGGCAGCCAGAGCCCGGCGCUCCCACUUCGGUGCUUGGCCUUCUCCUGCAAAAGCUGCGCGACGACGGCUGCCAGGCCUACUACCUCCAAGGUGGUUUCAACAAGUUCCAGACAGAGUACUCAGAGCACUGUGAGACCAACGUGGACAGCUCGUCCUCUCCAAGUGGCUCGCCGCCCACCUCCGUCCUGGGCCUGGGGGGCCUACGCAUCAGCUCUGACUGCUCAGACGGUGAGUCGGACCGAGAGCUGCCCAGCAGUGCCACCGAGUCAGACGGCAGCCCUGUGCCAUCCAGCCAACCGGCCUUCCCCGUCCAGAUCCUGCCCUACCUCUACCUCGGCUGCGCCAAGGACUCCACCAACCUGGAUGUGCUCGGCAAGUACGGCAUCAAGUAUAUCCUCAAUGUCACGCCCAACCUGCCCAACGCUUUCGAGCACGGGGGCGAGUUCACCUACAAGCAGAUCCCCAUCUCUGACCACUGGAGCCAGAACCUCUCCCAGUUCUUCCCCGAGGCCAUCAGCUUCAUCGAUGUGAAAACCAUCCACCAGAUGGAAGAUGUUAACUACUUAAUGAUCAUGAGGACAGCAGCCCCCGGACCUACUGGCUCCCAAGCAUCGAUAAGGUUAACCCCUGUGACACCGCCCUGUUACCUUACCAUCAACCAAUCAGAGAACUGUGCACAAGCCGAUCACAUUUCCUGCGACUCGCCUCCCUCCCUUGCCUUUAAAAAUGUUUUGCUGAAACCCUUUGGGGAGUUCAAGGUUUUUGAGUACCAGUCACCCCUUCUCCUUGCAUUGGCACCUUACAGUAAACACUGCACUUUCCUCUACCACAACCCAGAGUCAGUAGAUUGGCUUCACUGCGCGUGGGCAAGCAGACUUGAGUGUGGUUCUGGCCACUGGAGUCUGAGCCCCUGCUCACCCUUCAUGGUGUGCCCACACGCUGAUCGCCCAGAGAGACGCAGCGGCCACCAGGGCCCGCCCUCACCCUGGCAGCUUUCCCGGAACAGCACAGCCCUGGAGGCCCCUUUCAGAGCCUCACUUCUCUCAUCUGUACAGUGGGGAUAAGAACUGUGGCUCUAAGAGGAGAAAGCAGGAUGAAGGCUCUUCCUCGCGGUGAGGCCUUGGGAAUAGGAGCAGCGGGGUGAUGCUAAUCUAACUGUGACCACCCCCUGCUGAGGGGCACCUCUCAGAGCCCACCAUUGCUGAUUUCUAUGUGCUCUUAGACAAGCCUCCUCCCCUCGUCCAGCCCUCAAGUCCCCUGUUUACACAGAUGCCAGAGGAGAAAAAUGACCCCCGGGGACCCAGCCAUCAGACUCAGGACUCAGGGACUGUGGCCCAGACUCUCAGUUCUAUCCCAAGGGCUGGACAGCUUGGCAUCCCAGGAGUAGCCUAGGAGUCAGUGUCCAGCCUGAGGACAAGGCUGGAGGCCAGGGCUGAGGGGCCUUGGCUGGGGGUGGGGGUGCUUGGGCAGCAUGCCUGGCUGGGCAGGGGUGAGCCUGGCCAGGCCCCUCUCUGCCCCAGCAGAGCCUUUUACUGCAGUCCCUUGAGGACAUUUGCUCCUUCCAUUUACCUGCCCAGGGGACUCCCCACGGUCCCAAGGCCCAGAGAAAUUUAGAGUACUGCCAAGCAAGAGGGCCCCCGGGGGAGCCCUGGCCCCUGGUCACUGCUCCAUGGUCUGCCCCUCCCCCCUACCAGCCUGCGUCUGGGGAUGGUUUGAUCAUGGAUUCUAAGUGUCUUCCAGGGGCCAUCAGGAAGGGCCUUGCUCUCAGCCUGCUGCCCUGCUUUCUAUUCCUUUGCUGUUUCCUACGUUGCUUGCCCGAAGACCCUCCUCACUGGCCCCCGAACUCCCCAGUCCUGCCCGUCCUCAGCACUGCACCUGUCCUCUGCACACUGUCUCUGUCCUCCACUCACACAGACCCCAAGCCUAGGCUUGCCAGUAGCUGCGUCUCUGCCCUCCCCAAGAGAGCCCAGCCUGGGGGCUUGGGCUUGGUGCUCCUGGCGGGGGAACAGCUGGCUUGUGCUUUUCCUCAGGCCCAGGCUAGGACCCUGCAGCCCUCUCCUCUGCCCCUCCCUGAUCACUGGGUCACUGCCCCUCCCUGGUGCUUGGGUUGCCCCACGUUUUCAUUGUCCCAUGGGCACCUCUGGGCCAGGACCCCGGGUGCAGUGUUUUCUGCAUCUCAGACUCUCCUUGGGCCUCAUGCCCAGAAGUGGCAUUUCCGGGGCCAACACCUGUGCUCUAUUUUUUCCAAUUGGUUUCCAAAAGGAAAACAGUAUGGAUUGUCUUUAACGAUUGGCUAUUAUUGUUGCUAAUGUAGAGACGCUGUGUAUCUGCAGUGCCAGGCACCCAGCAGGGGCCCAGCAAAGCACUGGGGGCUGAACCAUUCCUCUGCUGCAUGCAGCCCCUGCUUGGGGCCAGCGGCCCCAGCUGCCCUUCGAGACUGUCCUGCCUGGGAGUUUUGCUGGUAUCUACUCCUCUGGCAUCUCUAAUUGCAGUAAGAGUAAUAACAACACGGACGCAUGGCGCUCGCUCUGGCUUUACAGGAGACACUCAUUUAAUCCUCCCGGCAGCCCUGGGAGGGAGGUGCUGAUUACCUGCAGUGGGCAGACGUGGAAAGCAAGCUGAGAGGGUCCACACUGGGGCCUGGGUGCACGGGUGACUGACUGCAGAAUCCCUGCUUUCUGUCAUAGGGAAGAACAAACCUGACUCCAUAUUGGACCUGUUUCUUUUACUCUAACCUUUGUAUUUUGCUACAAGUUAAGGUUGUGGCCUAUAGCCUGAAAUAUAUAGGACAGCCCAUUCUCAAGGCUCUGACUUUCAAAGGUAUAACACUUUUCCUUUCACAUAGAGAUAAAAAGUGGCAGAACAGAGAAUAACAUUUGUC